AAUAAUAUGACACAGAGCAGCGACAAACCAUUCUCCUCCGACAAGUCGAGGAGUUUCAUAGCACGCCAUAUACGCCGCAAAAGCGAUCAAUCCAGUCCCCGGACACCCGAUUUAUCGUCCACCAUCACUUCCGACGACGCUCUCCCACAACCAUACCUAGACGAUUUCGUCGCAGAAAACUUCGAUGAUUUGGUUCAAGAUCAUGACAUCGAACAAGUAACAAACGAAAUCGAUCAAUUCAUCGAUACUCUUUCCUCCAUCGAUGACAAAUCAAAUCCUCCAGACGUACCAGAAACCGUCGAAACAUUCUCCAAAAUCAUUGAAGCCAGGAUCGCUAAAUACUACUCCGGCGAUGCAAAUGCUAGGUUUGGUAAAAUGACAGAAGAUGAUUCGUUCUUCUUCGACGCUGUUAAUCAAAUUUCAAAACUCACAAACGCAUUCAGCGAUUUCCCUUCCGAUUCAGCCACAGCUUCAUCGUUAAACAGAACGAGUAUGGCUCUUCAACGAGCAAUGUCGUUUCUAGAGGAGGAAUUUCGCGAUGUUCUUGAAGGUCCUAGAAUUAGAAGAGUUUCAUCAAUGGAUUUAAACAAUUUGAAAUCACAUUCAUCUUUCAUUUCUCGUAACGACAGUACAUCCUCGUCGUCAGCAGAUCAUUCGAGUAAUAAUUUCCAUGAGAUUCAAACGAUAACAGAGGAUGAAGAGGAGAUCGUUUUCCCUGGAUAUCCGAACGAUUUCGUAACAAAGAUGAUCAAAAUCGCGAACACGAUGAUCUCAGCCGGUUACGAUAACGAAUGCUGUCAAAUCUACAGCGUUUCAAGGCGAAACGCAAUCGAAGAAGCUUUAACAAGUAUGGAUUUCGAAAAAACAAGUAUAGAAGAUAUACAAAAGAUGCAAUGGGAAUCUCUCGAAAUAGAAAUUGGAAAAUGGAUCAAAUCAGUAAAGCAAUGCACGACGGUAUUCUUCCCGGGCGAACGUAAGCUCUGCGAUUCCGUCUUCUCUGAUCGAGAAAUCGCUGAUAGUUUAUUCGGAAACCUAGCACGGGCAAUCGUAAUACAGGUUCUGAACUUUACCGAUGCUGUUGUUCUAACGAAACGAUCUGCGGAGAAGCUGUUCAAAUAUCUUGACAUGUACGAGACUCUAAGGGAUUUGAUUCCAUCCAUUGAAGGUUGCAGUAGGGAGGUGAAGUCUGAGAUUCUCGCAGCAACGGAUAGGUUAGGAGAGGCUGCGGUUUUCAUAUUUUGCGAGUUAGAGAAUUCGAUCAAGGGCGAUGCAGCUAGAACACCGGUCCCUGGUGGCGCGGUUCAUCCAUUGACUCGUUAUGUUAUGAACUAUUUAAAGUAUGUUUGCGAAUAUAGAGAUACUCUUGAUCAUAUAUUUCAAAAGGAAAAAGCCCUCGUAAGAACUUCGAGUCACGACGAUGAUCAUAUGCAAAUGAGUCCAGGAAGAAUUGGAGAUAAACUAACCCCGUUUGGAGUUCAACUAAUGACCGUAAUAGAACUCCUAGACGAGAAUCUAGAAGCAAAAACAAAACUAUAUAGAGAUCCUUCAUUACAAUCGGUGUUCUUGAUGAACAACGGAAGAUACAUACUACAAAAGGUAAAAGGGUCGACGGAAAUCCUUCAAUUGAUCGGGGACACUCGUUAUAGGGUGAGAUCAACCGUGGUAAGACAAUACCACAAGAACUACCAAAGAGAGACUUGGGGAAAAGUGUUGAAUUGUUUGAGUCAAGAAGGUUUAUUGCAACCUCAUGGUAAAGUUCAAAAACAAGCACUUAAAGAUAGGUUCAAGAGUUUUAAUAAUAUGAUAGAAGAAAUACAUAGGAAUCAAAGUACAUGGGUAGUGAAUGAAGAACAGUUGCAAUCCGAGUUGAGGGUUUCGAUUAGUGCUGUAAUAAUUCCGGCUUAUCGAGCUUUUCUUGGAAGGUUUAAACAUUAUUUGGAUGGAAGUAGGCAAGUUGAAAAGUAUAUUAAGUAUCAACCUGAUGAUAUUGAGACUUUAAUAGAGGAUCUAUUUGAUGGUAAUGCUCUUUCUAUGGCUAGGAGGAGAACAUAACAAUUGAUCAAAUUCUAUUUUUUUUUGUUUCAUUUCUUCUUAUAUGUUAUCAACAACAUUACUUGUUUUUCAUUCUUCUUUUAAAGAUUAUAAUCUUGUUCAUGUAAUGU